UCUCUCUCUCUGCCCCUCCCCCAUUCACCCUCUGUCUCUGUCUCUCUCAAAAUAAUAAAUAAACAUUAAAAUUAAAAAAAAGAAGAGCACGUAUUACGUACAUGGAAGGUGCUUAAGGAAUAUUUUAUCGAAGUCUUAUCGUGCACCAGCUCUGUGCUCAAUACUCAUCCUACCGCAAUGGCCACCUCUGUUUCUCACAAUGAUGCUUACUUAACCUGCUUUACAGAUGAGGGAGGUUAGGAAGCCUGCCCCACGGUGGACAGUGGGUUAGAGGUCACACAGGACUCCAGCCCAGAAGCCCACACUCUCAUCCACGGUGUUCUGUGUGCUGCUUGUUAACUAACCUCUGUCUGCUGAAAGAAUAUAAGGUGGCCUAGAUUUUGUGGGGAUGUCAUACGAGACUCACACAUAAGAUGGGGACUGAACUCCGUGCUUCCAGAUCCUUCCCUCACUCUGAAUUUGUGUCCAAGCUACAGAAGCCUCCUUCAUAUGUUUCUGGACACACCACUUCUCUGUGUAGGACAUACCCCUCCACUCCAUGCUUUUAGUCAUUCUGGAAUUCAGAGGGCAGUUGGGCUUUGCUCUCUGACUUACUGCCAGCUCUAGGGCCCUGUUGAGUACUUGCUACUUAAACCCCAUCUCGCUCUUAAAGCAGAGUUAGAACGUAAUGGCUAUAGUUCUAGCUGCUAGGCUAACCUAGGUCUACAGUUCACAUUAAACAUUAGCUCAUAUUGCCUCCAGGUUUGAAACCAGUGUACCCAGAAGAAAUUUACAAAGGGACAGCGAUGUUGAAAUAUUUUAAGUGCAAACAGGAGGACGCCUGUGUGCUGACAAGGACAAGGCUAUGUUGUCUAAAGUCCUUGUUUGAUCCUCAUGUUUCCAUCCCUUCCCGGUGGCUUUUUCUCUUCGAACCUUCAGCAGUCUUGUGCCUGAGCGGUCCAGCUCGCUGUUUGUUAAAUGAUGAAAUAGGUGUAUGUAAAACCUCUUACUUUAUCCCGUGAGGAGGUCACUUUAAUAUAGUUUAAAUUCCCUGGAUAGUUGGUGCUGCUGCUACUGACCAGGUGGCAAAACUCAAAGUUUAGAGCACCAGGAAGAGAACUGUAAUGCUCACAUUCUAAGUAGAGAGGGGAUUUGGGGCCACCGCAUCCUACCUUUUGCUUCCCACGGUCCAAUAUUUUUGAUGCAUGAGCUUUUGGCUGCUUACAUUUUAUUGCUUUCUAGUGGGAACGGGUUCCUCCACCCAUUCUCACUGUCUGUGAUCUCAGUUCCCCACUCUUCCUGCAGCCUGAGGUCUGAGAGUGGGAGAGAAGGAAGAGAGAGGCGCUGUCAUGUAGAGCAUGAAUUUGGCUACAGAUGUAACCCAGUCCACUUCUUUUCUUGGUCAAAGCAAAAAAAAAAAAAAGUGCGGGAAUCAUGUGAUCAAGAAUGUUGAUCAAGUGCACAGGACUGAAUAGGUCGAAGUUUAAUGUAUCUUAUGGAAGCUGGACUCGGAUAAUUUCCCUGUAACGAAUCCAUCUCUCAAGAGUCUUUUUCCAAAAGCAAAAAAAGAAAAAAUAAAAAAGCAUUGUCUUCUGUAACCUGUCCAGAUACUUUUUAAUGUGACCGCCGGUGUCUUAGAGAAGCUGACAGCUUAGGUGCUUUCUAUCAGCAGAGAAAUGUGGGCUCGAAAGCUUUUCCCCUAAACGAACGUGUUGUGUAACGUCCACGCUGACUCAGAAUACAGGUGCGUGCUCUUGCUCUGAGAAGGUAGAAGAAGGGGGAGAGCCCAGCCCAGACAAGGUGUGGGGGAGGAAAGGCAGCACCCAGUAGCAAAGGCCACCCUGUGCCGCAGCCUUAGCCGAAACCGCAUCUCUGGGAAAGGGCUCCUUGCUGCCUGUUUGGAUCCCUGAGUCACCACAGACCCCCACCCUCCAACGUGGGAUGUUAACCUCGGCCCAAUAUGGAGAUUAGCUGCAGAGCCGAAACAGAGUCCCAAAGGAGCUUCGGUUCUACAGAAUCUGUACAGCCUUCUUCACUGUGCACUGACCAGACGUUGGGGCUCGGGAAAUCCGAGCUGAGGACCGGAAUUCCCCAAGGAGUCACUCAGGAGCGAGCCGUGACCAGCCGGAGAGAGUGACACGUCGGUACUCAGGCCCGCCCUCCUCACCAUCCUCACCUUCCCCACCUUCCCCUCACGUGCACACAGGCAGUUCCCCAGAAGCGAGCCCUGUAGCUCUGCCAAAGACAAGCCUGUUGGGUUCCCCGGGGAGAAAAAAAAAAAAAAAAAGGCAACCACACAAAACCACUUCAGGCAAAGUCAACAGCGUUGAAAUCGUUACCUUGAAGAAACCCAGUGGAGAAGUGUGCAAAGAUGAAUGGCCCGGUGGACGGCUUGUGUGACCACUCUCUAAGUGAAGAAGGAGCCUUCAUGUUCACCUCGGAGUCUGUAGGAGAGGGACACCCGGUGCUGAAUUCUUCCACCAGCAGGAUAAAAUGAAUGCUUUUUCAACUUCCAAGAAAACCACCUAUGAGCUGUCUUACAGCCACUGAGUGAUACUAAUAGAAAUUUUGAAAGCCUAAAGAAACAGUUCAGAAAGAGCCUCCUUACACGUUAUUUCAGUCUGCGGAGCUGUCUCAACACCCUUGCUCAUCUCGGCUUUAUCCCUAAUACCCCUUAUCCCAGUCCCCCGUGUGGACUGGGGACAUGUGGCCUGCGUCCUUGAAACAAGCAGAGUCAUCUGCGGUCAGCAUACAAGAUUUGCGACCAGAUCAGUGAUGCCGUGCUGGAUGCCCAUCUGAGGCAGGACCCCAAUGCCAAGGUGGCCUGUGAGACGGUGUGUAAGACGGGCAUGGUGCUACUCUGCGGAGAGAUCACCUCCACGGCCACAGUGGACUACCAGCGGGUGGUGAGAAGCACCAUCAGGCACAUCGGCUACGACGACUCCGCCAAGGGGUUUGACUUCAAGACCUGCAAUGUGCUGGUAGCUCUGGAGCAGCAGUCCCCGGAUAUUGCCCAGUGUGUACAUUUGGACAGAAACGAAGAAGACGUCGGGGCCGGAGACCAGGGUCUGAUGUUCGGCUAUGCCACCGACGAGACAGAAGAGUGUAUGCCCCUCACUAUUAUCCUCGCCCACAAACUCAAUGCCCGAAUGGCGGAACUCAGACGCUCCGGGGUCCUCCCCUGGCUGAGGCCUGACUCUAAGACCCAGGUGACAGUUCAGUACAUACAGGACAACGGCGCGGUCAUCCCCGUGCGCAUCCACACCAUCGUCAUCUCCGUGCAGCACAAUGAAGACAUAACGCUGGAGGACAUGCGCCAGGCCCUGAAGGAGCAGGUGAUCGAGGCCGUGGUGCCAGCCAAAUACCUGGACGAAGACACUGUUUACCACCUGCAGCCCAGCGGGCGGUUUGUCAUCGGAGGUCCCCAGGGGGAUGCGGGCGUCACUGGCCGUAAAAUUAUCGUGGACACCUAUGGCGGUUGGGGGGCGCACGGUGGAGGGGCCUUCUCCGGGAAGGACUACACCAAGGUGGACCGUUCGGCAGCUUAUGCUGCCCGCUGGGUGGCCAAGUCCCUGGUGAAAGCGGGACUCUGCCGGAGAGUGCUCGUGCAGGUCUCCUACGCCAUCGGUGUGGCUGAGCCACUGUCCAUUUCCAUCUUCACCUAUGGAACCUCUCAGAAGACAGAGAGAGAGCUGCUAGAUGUGGUCAACAAGAAUUUCGACCUUCGGCCCGGGGUCAUCGUCAGGGACUUGGAUUUGAAGAAGCCCAUCUACCAGAAGACGGCGUGCUACGGCCAUUUUGGAAGAAACGAGUUCCCAUGGGAAAUUCCCAAGAAGCUCGUGUUUUAGAGCUGGUGGGCGCAGGGCCUGCCUCGCCCUGGAAGCUUCUGGAUUGGCACCUCUUGUCCAGGACCCCAACUCUCAGAUGUCCCAGGCCCAGGGCCCUGACCGCUCCCCCACCCCCCACUGCCGCUGCAGGGAGUGCCUUCCCCACCCACUGCCCCCUCCUGGACCAAGCUGCACCCCUAAGACUAGCCCUGUGCUGUCGUCACUGUGAAUGGCAGGGGGCUUGCUGGUGCCUGGGGUCAGACCUCCUCAUGGCGGUAGUCACACUGUCCCCCUGCUUUUCCCUCAGACUGAAGCGAUGUUAAUUUAGUGGAAAAACGACCCCUGUGAAGAGUAAAUUCCCCCAUGCCUCCCCCAUGGCUGGUCCCCUCCUCCCUCACAGAUCUCAGGGAUCCUGGGUGUGCUGGCUGUGCCCUUCCCAUCUAUGGCCUGUGCCCUGAGCCAAGGGCCUUCACGGAGGCAUCUCAGGCUAGGCAUCCGGCGGGGACAGGAACAGGGGCUGACACCUGCUGAGCAGCUAUGGUGUGCGAGGGCCCGAGCCAAUUACCGACCUCGUUUCUUCUUCACCGCAACACGGUGAGGUGACACCUCAUUCCCACUUUCCAUAUGGGGAAACUGAGUCGCAGACCGCCUAGGUAACUUUCCCAAGGUCCUACAGCCACAUGUGUCAGGACCCACACGUGAUCCAGGGGCUUUGACUCGGGAGCCUGUAUGCAGCCCCCAACCCUGUUCCCAUCUCAUGCCGGACGGAGGCUUGAGCAAUGACCAGCAGCUCUGUGGCCUCUGUCCUGAAGACCUGAGCUUGCUGCUCUCCUCUUGGUGAGCCCUGGGCAGGGAUAUGCAAAGUCAGGACAGAGAAGCAGCUUGUCCCAGCUCAGGUGGCCAGCCCCUUAGAUGGGUCCGGAACCCCGUAGCUUCCAGCCCUUCUCUCUUUGGCCUCUUGGUCUGAAUGCUGUGGGAAUAAGUGUGUGAGCCCCUCAGACGCCCCUUCCAGAGAGGCCACUCGUAAGGGCCGAAUAUCUAAUGUUAAGUGGUGACCCCAGGUGGCGGAGCUGAACUCCUAGCGGUAGACAAGUUGGCUGAGGUGUCAUGAGGAGAUUCUGCCUUUGCCAGGUGGCUCCCGGGGCACAGCACUCAAGGGGCCUGAGUGGUCCUCGGUGCGCUAAGGUCUCGGAGGCUGCACGUUCACCUGCCUUUCCAUCCCUGGCCAGCCCUGCCUCCCCCGCCUGUCAGCCUGGGCCGCUGACGGCAGUGUCUCUGCCUUCUCCCUAGCUGCCCAGACCACAGGCUCAGGUAGGGGCCCCCAAGGGUCCCAUAGAGCACUGAGGCUUGGGCUCUGCUCCAGGGUCCACGGCGCUGGUUCUGGCUGAACCAGGCAGCCCAAGAACCCUCAUCUGGGGAGCAGACGGCCUGUAUCUGGGCUCCAGGCCUGACGCACAAAGACGCCAAGCUUUUCUCCUUACGUCAGGGAAAGGGCAGCUCUUCAGGGGAGAAAAAGAAGGCCCAUUUACCACAGAAACCUAGAGCUCGUGUCCACUCCCAGCAAGUCUCAAGCUCCCUCCAGGAGAGGGAGGCCCAAGCUUGCAGGCGGUCAAUGCCUCCCACCCAAGCCCUAGUCACAGCGAAAAUUCAGAAUUGCAUGGUUGCCCCUCCCCCCCGGAGAUAAAAGAUCUUUUUUUGGACAUUGUUGAUAUGAAACUCGAACCUUUAUGUGUUAAUAGUUCCUGCUGGGACAGUGAAUAAACAACUACUCUGUGCUCGG